AUGGCCACCCCGAUCGCGGCCAAAUUGGGGCCCUCGACGCAACGACGACGGCACGCCGAGGAGUUGAACGCACUGGUGGGAGAUGCGUUCCGGAUGGCGUUCGCCUCGCAAUUGCAGCCCUCCGCUCCGCUUUGGAGUAAGGAGCUAAACGGCGGACCGUGCGCGCGCGCGCCAGACACUCUUCCCGGCCUAACCCACCACUACCCUCACUGCUUGGACAGGUCAGCGCAAUGCGACGCGAUGGGGCCGGGCCUUGGGAACGAGGCGAGCCCGAGCAGCUCCGAGGAGUCCUCGCCCACCGAGCUGAGCUGCUACCGGCGGCUGGGGGAGCGGCCGCCGCUGAUGAGGCGCCUCGCGCGCGGACUCACCCUGCUGCAGCCCUCGGACGAUGACUCCACGCCGCUAGUCACUGACACACCCACCACGCCGACGAACGUGCCGCUGGGCCUGAACGGCUACAUCAACGAGGCGUCGGAGGCGGAGGCGCGCACGCGCGAGAGCAACCGCGAGCAACCCUCCGCCCGCGGCGGCCUCGGCCUCGGGAAGUGCGGCAACGCCGCGCACAGCCCGGCGGCCGGCAGUGGCGGCGCCUCUUCCUCGUCAGGCGCCUCCUCGUGCGGCGCCUCGCUCGCCUCCGGCAACAACAAUGCGCGCUACGAGCCCGAACUCCGCCACGCGCCCUGGUUCCAGCAGGGCAUUCCCAGAGAGAUCGCGCUGGAGGUGCUGGGCGCGCAGGCCGUGGGCGCCUUCCUGGUGCGCGGCUCCACCACGCAGAGCGGCUGCCUGGCGCUCUCGCUCAGGGUGCCCCGGGACUUCGCGCCCCACGGCAUCGCCCACUACCUCAUCCUGCGCACGCCCAAGGGCUACAAGAUUAAGGGCUUCACGAAGGAGUUCGGCUCCCUGUCGGCGCUGGUGACGCACCACAGCGUGAUGCCCGAGCUGCUGCCGGUGCCGCUGCGCCUGCCCCGCGCCCCGCGCCCCCCCCCGCGCCGACCUCGAGCCGCUCGAGCGCCUCGCGCCCCCGCCCCCCCCCCCGCCCCCGCCCCCCCCCCCCCCCCGCCACCCGCCGCCCCUCGACGUGUGAGCGAGACGGAUUCCCCCGGGGUAAUG